AUGAAUUACGAUAAAAUAAAUUUAUUUAGCGAAAAUUUUGAUAUGAAAUAUGUAUUGGAGGAAAUAGAAAAAAAUUUUGAUAAGAGAAAACACUUAUUAUGUGAUAUUAAUAAUGUUGUAUUAAAUUCUGAAAGAAAAAAAAAAUUUAUAGAUAAUUAUGAAGAGAAACUAAUUGAUAAACAGAUAAAAAUAAUAAUUAAUACAAAAAUGAAUUAUAAAAAAUUAAAUAAUAUAAAUUAUGUGAAAUAUUAUUUACCUUAUUGUAUACAACCAAAAACAAACAACACCAACUUAUGUUUAACUAAAAACAUCCAUAAUAAAAAUACUAAACAAAGUAUUUUAAGAGAAUUAAAUACAAAAAAGAAGGAAGUCGAGUUUAAAAUUAAACAUUUUAUUAAAAAAUAUACAGGGAGAUAUAAAAAAAAGAGUAUUCUUCAUAAACAAAUUUCACAAUUAUUCAAAGAAAAGUCUAAAAUUGAACUUUACAUAAAAAAUAAAAAAAAUACCAAAAUAAAUUUUAAUAAAGUUAUAGGAGAUAUUGCUUUUUUUGAUCAUAAUAUAAAUUUAUUACUCGAAAAUGUCAUAUUUAAUUCAUGUAGUAUUAUAUUUAUAAAAAAAUAUACUUAA